GGAGUUCUGGGACAGCGUUAUUUGUUACAUGCUUGUUGAGUACUGCUUGGUCUUCUGUUCACAAUCUUACUUUUGACAUAUAACUACUCGGAAGAAUGAAUUCGGAGACUGGAAGUGAAGACCCAUUUGACUGCAUUUUCAUGGCAGACAACAGGUACCAUUGCGAGGCGUAUAAGGAGGGUCUAGCGGAGGGGACACGGCAGGGUUUGCUGGAGGGAAUGAGCCACGGGCGGAUGCACGGUGCCAGAUUCUCUACAGAGAUGUCCUUCUACUAUGGAUUUGCUUGUGCUUGGAAAUGCCUUCUUCAAAACAAUACAGAUGCCAAAUCCAGGAAAAGGUUGAGGACUCUGGAGGCUCUCGCAGUGCAUAUUCAGGCCUUCCCCCAUAAUGACCCUCAACAUGCAACUCUGCAGCAGGAAGUGGAGAAGGUGCGGGCCAAAUUUAGACAGGUCUGUUCCAUGAUGAAUGUGCCGGCAGACUUCCGGGAGUACGUAACUGUGGCUGCAGGGGUGUCUUUCUGAGAAGAAGCUCAGCCUGUGGGGAUCUCCGUGGAGUGUGCAGCAGCCGGGGUGUGCUGUUCUCCGCGUGUGCUGAAGCUCUUAUGCUCAGGAGCUUGUGUCUGCCUUCUGUGGCCACUGUCUGUGCUCUGCUGCUUCAAGGCCAGAAGUAGUCUAGGUGUGGAGCACGCCAGAGAGGCAGGUGGUGCUAUAAAGCUGGCACAGACCUAGCCAUGUUUGGUUGUGACUGAAGGGGUACAAAGUCACAAAAACUCACAGCCAUGUUUUAAAAAUGGUGUGGAACUAUAUUCUAUACAAAAUUCCUUCUGUAUUUGUAUGUUUAAAAGCGUAGAAUUUCCUUUUGUGUGUGUGUGUGUGUGUGUGUGUGUGUGUGUGUGUGUGUGUGUGUGUGUCUGUCUGUCACACACAACCUGUCAUCAGUAACACGGACAAUUAAAUGUUAACAAAAAAUGAAGUAAAUUAUUUGAUCUCUGUUGAUUGUCUACGAAAUAUUAAGUGUUAGUUACUUUCAUUUACUUAAAGGUACAAUAGGUAAUUUCGGACUUCGGUCAAGAGAAGAAUUGUCUAUUGUACCUUUAAAUACUCUCUGUUCCAAUACUCACCUAAAAAUUGGGUGGUCUGAUGCCAAAGGUGUUAUGUUCUAAGUAGUGUAACACAUCUAGGUGUAAAUACCAGUAAGUAAAGGCUGAAAUUCUGAA